AUGGGGAUGAAGUACCGUCGUUAUCUGGCUGGCGAACGCAUUUAUGGCUGCUCCAAGUGCAAGACCCAUCUUGCAACGAUCCACUCUAUGAUUUCACGAGCUUUCAACGGCCAACAUGGCCGAGCAUAUCUCUUCGAUGGCGUUGUUAAUGUCAUAGAAGGAGAACCAAAUGACCGCCAAAUGACCACAGGCAACCAUACUGUUCGGGAUAUUUAUUGCGUCAAAUGUGCCACCGUCCUCGGCUGGAAAUAUGAUCGUGCAUACGAACAAUCGCAACAAUACAAGGAGGGCAAAUAUAUACUUGAGCGAAAUCUUCUCGUCGAUGUCCAGUAG